AUGUCUGAUACCCCCGAGUUCGCAUCCUUUAACCGCUUCAGCGAUCUCCAAAUAAAGAGCCUGCUAUAUUAUCAAGCCCAGAUAGAACUACUGAAACAAGACCUGCAAGAGGAAGAGUGGGAAGACUACAGGCGUGGGGACGAUACAGUGAGCAAGUACUGUGAACAAGCCAACUACCUCGUCUCCUCCAAGGCGAAACAAUGGGAAAUCAUGAAAGAAAUACGCAAACUCCUGAAGGAAUACAGUACGUCCCUCACCAAGCAACUCAACAAAUUGCGGUUUUUGACAAUAUACAGAUGAAGCCCUGCUGCAAUUUUCCCAAGUAUCGGCUCUUCCAAAACCCGAAACACAUAAUUUGAACAGCCUAAUGAAAUGGCUCAAGAACCCGGACGCAGGAGACCUGUGUAUAAACGGCGGCCAGGAGAAAUACACAUGGGGGAACAUCUUCGGCAAGGGACCACCCGCAAAGACAUUCAAGGAAGUGAUAUGGAGCUUGAUCUGGUCCAAACCAGAUCCCCCUUGCACCCCCGAUCUCGCUUCGACACAUCCAAAGGCUCCUGUCGAUAGUCUUUCAAGAUGGGUCGCCGCCUCAUUUGUGCCCUGGUGGGCAGAUUGGAGGGAAGCGCGAAAAAGAAAGAAAGAGGGUGACGCCGAGAAGACUGCAGCGCCUGAGAGCCCGAGGAAGACACGGGAUCAGCUUGCGAGGGAGACGUUAACGAUGUACUCUGGGGCUAGUAUUGUACGGUUCACGUCUUCCCUAACGACGGUGGUUGCUUGUUUAUUACCGACAAUUGCUAUAACGGUACUAUCCCAAGUUCAUGGUCUCGGAAACUUGCUGCUUUGUCUCGCUGGGUUCGCAAUCAUAUUUGCUGCUGGCUUAAUCUUUCUUGGGACGGCUUCCAGAGUUGAGAUCUUUGGCGCCACUGCUGCGUGA